AUGAUUAUUUUCUUCAAUUUACUAUUGUUUAGACACCUGUUAGUUAAAGAGGACUUAAUACGAAAGAUGUCACACCAGGUUUUUGUUUAUGGAACUCUCAAACGCAAAGAACCAAAUUACCAUUGGCUAACAAAUCCAGACAAUGGAAGUGGAAAAUUUGUAUGUGAAGGCUAUACAAAGAAUAAAUACCCUCUGAUUAUUGCAACAAAGUAUAACAUACCCUUUUUACUGUACAGUCCUGGUGAUGGGCAUCAUGUCAAAGGUGAAAUUUUCACUAUUGAUGAUAUGAUGCUUAGUAAACUUGAUAUAUUAGAGGAUCACCCAAAGUGGUAUAUCAGAGAAAUUGAUGACAUUAUUGUCAAGACACAAGGGACAAACAAAGAAGAAAUAAUGAAGUGUUGGGUAUAUUUCUUGAAAAACUUCAGAUCAGAUCUUUUAAGAAAACAGCUUUAUGACAACUAUUCCUCUAGUGGUGCGCAUGGAUUAAAAUAUUUGGAAAGGUCAAAGCGUGAUCCAAAACAUGAUUACUAUUCUGAAAUUAAACAUAAGCCUUCAUAG